AAUGACGGUUUGAUUAUUCUAUAUAUUUAGUUCUGGAAAUUUGUAUGUUUUUCGUAAUGAUGGUUUAAAUAUUUUGAAGAUCGUGGGUGCGUGUAUCCAUUUGGCAGUUACUUUUCCACGUUCCUGUAACCGUCAUCUCCCCCCAUAAAAACAGGCCUUUUCACUGAAAUUGCUACAGCAGUAUUUUUUUCUUUGUUUCUUUGCUGUGUUGAUUUUUGUUCUUUUCCUCCAUUUGUUCAUUGAAUGUUCAUAAUUUGAGUUAGCUUUGGCACUUAAAUGCUUCUGAAAGAAAUGUUGCCUGCUUCAAAAUUAACAGGUGAAGCGUAUUGAGCAUGAGGGAAACUGAGCGGAAGCGAGGUUCAAACACUAAUCAAACAAAGCGUGCUGUAAAGACAGAGAAAAGAGACUACAAACAGGAAAAGAGUACUGGCAAAACAUUAAAAGCAAAAGAGACUGAUCAUAAAGCUUCACCUCCUAGACCAGAGUCCAUUGUUUUAGUAAGUGAUCCGAACACGGGCACAGAGCCCACUGAAGUUUAUGAGAAUGUGGUUAUAGAUUAUGUGGAUGAUGUAUACAGGUCUGAGGAAGCAACUCCGCAAUCAAAAACACGUAAAAUGGUUGACAAACAGGGGAAGGAUAAAAUCAAUGACCAUUCUAGUGAUAUGGAGAGUGAACCCAAAGAGGGGCUGGAAGAGGAAUCAGAUAUUGAUACAAUAAAUGAUUCAGUUUCAUCUCAAGGAGAUCCACAAAUAGCUGAAGAUGAAAAUGUAGAAAGAGCUUCGACUGUUAAGGUCUCCAAAAAGCUUGCUAAAAGUGUCGCAAAUAAUUCUUCCCCAGCACAACGAGCAAAAUCUGAUCAGAAAGAAAAUAAUUCACAGAUUAAGGCAACAAAAAGUACAGCAAACAAAGCGAAAACACCUAAAAAGGAUCCAUCUACAGUGACAUCCAAGAAUGUCAAUGACAACUCUAAAAAUAUGAAAGUCCAUCCAAAAUCCAUAUCAGAUUCCUCAGAAGAAGGUGAUGAAAAAUUGGUUAAAGAGGUUGAGCCAGUAGAUAUUUUGGAUGAGACUUCAGUUAGUGCUCAAAGUGUUGGAAGUGAUGAUGAAACAGUCAACACUGAGGAGAGUUGCGAACAAGAAGAUAAAACAGCUUUAGAGCAAAAGAUUGGCCAAAUGGAAUCAAGGCUUGAGAAACUUGAGGAGGAGUUGAGAGAAGUUGCUGCCCUUGAAAUUGCUCUUUACUCUGUGGUAUCUGAGCAUGGCAGUUCUGCACAUAAGCUGCACACACCUGCCAGGCGCCUAUCUAGACUCUACCUUCAUGCAUGUAAAUACUGGUCUCAAGACAAAAGAGCUACAGUUGCUAAAAACACUGUUUCCGGCCUUGUUUUGGUUGCCAAAUCAUGUGGUAACGAUGUGGCAAGGUUAACAUUUUGGCUGUCAAAUGCUGUUGUUUUGAGGGUAAUCAUUUCUCAAGCAUUUGGAAGUUCCUGUAGCCCAAGCUCAUUGGUAAAGAUUACUGAGUCAAAUGGUGGAGGAAAGAAAACUGAAUCAAAGAUUUCCUCUUUUAAAUGGAAAACACAUCCAGGAAACAAACAAUCAAGCAAGCAUGAUCUUUUGCAGUUUUUUGAUGAUUGGCAAGAAACAAGAACUUUUACAGCUGCCUUAGAGAGAGUAGAAUCCUGGAUUUUCUCGCGGAUCGUUGAAUCAAUAUGGUGGCAGACGUUGACUCCCAAUAUGCAAUCUCCCGCUGAUGAUCCAAUGGCCAGAAAAUCUGUUGGACGGUUAUUAGGACCUGCCUUGGGUGACCAGCAGCAAGGAAACUUUUCCAUUAACCUAUGGAAGCAUGCUUUCCAGGAGGCUUUGAAGAGAUUAUGUCCUGUUCGAGCAGGAAGCCAUGAAUGCGGUUGCUUGCCUGUUUUGGCUAGAAGGGUCAUUGAACAAUGUGUUGCCAGACUGGAUGUGGCUAUGUUCAAUGCAAUUCUUCGUGAGUCAGCUCACGAGAUCCCAACUGAUCCCAUAUCUGAUCCAAUAGUUGACUCAAAGGUGUUGCCUAUUCCAGCCGGAGAUUUGAGUUUUGGCUCGGGUGCGCAACUGAAAAACUCAGUUGGCAACUGGUCAAGAUGUCUUACUGAUUUGUUUGGCAUGGAUGCUGAAGAUUCUGGGCAAAAUGAUGAAGGCAGCUUUGGAGAUGAUCACAGGAAAGGUGGAAAUCAACCAGAGCAUUUCCAUCUUCUCAAUGCCUUAAGCGAUCUUCUCAUGCUUCCAAAAGAUAUGCUCAUGGACCGCACUAUCAGAAUGGAGGUAUGUCCAUCUAUCAGUCUUCCACUGGUUAAGCGAAUCCUCUGCAACUUCUCUCCAGAUGAGUUUUGUCCUGAUCCUGUCCCUGGCACUGUAUUAGAAGCUCUCAACGCCGAGUGCAUCAUAGCACGUCGAUUAUCAGGAGGAGACUCUUCCGGUAGUUUCCCUUACCCUGCCGCCCCAGUUGUGUAUAAACCUCCUGUUGCUGCUGACGUUGCAGAAAAAGUUGCGGAAGUUGAUGGGAAGUCUCUCCUGUCCCGGAGUGCUUCUGCUAUACAAAGGAAGGGAUACACAAGUGACGAGGAACUGGAGGAAAUAGAUUCUCCUCUAGCAUGCAUUAUUGAUAAAAUGCCAUCAUCACCCGCUUCUGCACAGAAUGGAAGUAGAAAAGCUAAACAAAAGGAAGAAACAGGUUCAAUUGGAUCAAAUAAGAGGUAUGAUCUUCUUCGUGAGGUUUGGCUGACAACAUAAUGCCACUUUUGAGUGUGCUAUGAAUUACACUUGUGAGAUUUCGUAUCAAAAUCAUUGGUAUGGAGCAAGAAGAAAUCUGGAAAUGAAAUUUACCAGAAAAUCAUACAACAAAUGCAAGCAGUAAAUAGUGAUUAGAGCUUUUCGUCCUCCAAAUUAUAGGGUUCUCUGUGUAUGAAAUCUUUAUGACUGUACCAUUGAGAAAAAAGUAAAGAAAGAAGUUGAUCGUUUUCUUUUCUUAAGUUCAAGUAAAGAAAGUGAGGAGUUCUUUUCUGUUUAAGGUCUGGUCUUUGCAAGUCUUCAUAACAAGUGUAUAGUUUUUGCAACUUUAUCACCUGCUAAAUCAUUAUUAAGAUUGUGUUG